UUACAGUUUGUAAAAUCGACCGACCUUGUAGUCGAAAUAUUGAGACUACAUGGUCAUAAAAAGUGUAUUGAGUGUGAAGUUCUUAACACGACAUUAUCUUUAUUCAAAUAUUUACAUAGCUCUUUUUUAGUGUUGGUGCAAUCGUAAUACAGCAUAUUUGGAUAUAUUGUAGAAAGGGUCGUUUUAUGACUUAAAACGAUUUGAUUAUUCGUAAACUAUCGAUACAAAGUGUUAAACAAUGUUGAAAAACGCAGGAUAUGAUCAGAAUUUGUUAUUAGGAUAUGAUCAGAAUGGAGAUGAAUACACAGAAAAGAAUGCCUCUUUUGAGUUGGGUGUGCCAUCUACCUACCAACCGACACCACCGCAGCAAGGGUCUGAACAUCUAACAUGCAAGCCCGUUACCGAACUUACAAAUACAGCGGUGGUAAUGAGCAAGCCACAACCAGGGCCUGUGUUGAACAUAAUUCAGAAACCACUUCCAAGCCAUAUUGUUCCUGCCUUGUUCGUCUGCUGUAUGUUCUGGCCAACAGGCCUAGUCGCAGUAUAUUUUGCAUUCAAAACACGGCAUCUCGAGCUCUCCGGGGACUAUGGUGAAGCGAAAAAAAUGUCAGACUGUACAAGAAAAUUGAUUAUUGCUACAAUAAUCAUUGGACUGAUUUUAGGCAUUUUUGGAUUUGUUGUUUACUAUGCCGGAAUGAUGAAUCGUAACAGAAACAUACAAAACUACGUAUAGUCAUUGUCAACGUCGACUAUAUACUGUCAUGAUUCUUUUUUGAGAACGAAUUCAUUUCUGAAAUUAUCUGAACUGAUAGUAACAUUUAUUGUAGUUGCGUAUUUUUGAUCAUUUUUAAUUUUAUAUCAUUCUUGUUUGUUGUACAUAUCUUUGUAUGUAAGUACAAAUCAAUAUUGGGCUAAAAGUUUUAUACUUUAUAAAAUUACAUUCGGAUAAAAGUUUUUACUAGUUUUCACUGUUUUAUAAGUUUUUUUUACAAAUUAUAUCAUGCUUUUAUAUAAUUUUUACUCAGAAAAUUACGCAAAUAUGAACCAAUGUUUUUACAUGCAUUUAUAUUUUUUGCAUUGUGUUUAAUUUUCUGAAUUUGAAACUGCGUGUUUUACAUUAUAAGCUAUGUACUUCGUAUUAUUCUCUUCAUUGUUGUACAAUAUAAUAUGCUACUGUAUUGUACAUUAUAACUUGUGAAACAACCAGAUAUACAUAUUACAUUGAAUUUUGUAUGAGGCCGAUGGCCUACAAUUAUAUUUAAUAAACUUGAAACAUAAAACGAUGUGUAUAAGAAGGCUUUUAGACCUUGUAAAAUCAGUUGUAAGCUUAAAUGAUCCGAUGCACAAGUAAUAGAUUGUUUGGUUUAAACAGUAUUUAUACCGCUUAAUAAAUUUUAAACCACUGA